UAGUCGCCCUGUCUCCUAAUCCCUGGCGCCACAAAGGCGUUUUCUCUGUUAAACCGGCGCAUGCUGGCGUAAUGCGGAGAGACAGGGGAGCUGCUGCGAAAACAGGACGAAUGUGUCUGAGGAUUUUUAAAGGCAAAGAGACAUUUUGUAAUUAGGAUUUCUUAGAGGUCCCUUUUUGUUAGCACAUUAUCUCUCCUACAGCGAUGGGUUUCUUUAAGGAUGUGCGUGGAUUCCACCGAUAUUAUUUUAUUUAAUUUUUAUUUGGGUCAUACUAAAGGAAUAAUUACCAGUUGGACUGGACAGAAAUGCUGUGACUUGCAAGGUAAAAGAAGGUUUUGGCGUGAACAGUGAGCAGUUUCUCGCACGAAGCAAGGCUGAUAUCUUCCCAAGGUGUGUUAUCCAACAAUAAACCCAAAUGGAGACUCUAUUUGUGUAUUUGAUGGUCAUUAUCAUGGCAGUGAAAGCCCAGAAGAUGCAAAUAUGUCCCAAACGUUGCAUCUGUCAGGUGCUGUCUCCCAACCUAGCCACCUUAUGUGAUAAAAAGGGGCUGCUUUUUGUUCCCCCAAACAUUGACAGACACACUGUUGAACUGCGGCUGGGUGACAAUUUCAUCACAAGCAUCAAACGAAAAGACUUUGGCAACAUGACCAAACUUGUAGACCUGACUCUCUCUAGGAACACAAUAGGCUCUAUCGCACCUCAUGCUUUCAAUGAUUUGGAGAACCUGCGUGCCCUGCACCUGGACAGCAAUCGUCUUACACGCAUCACAAACGAUACCUUUAGCGGCAUGUCCAAACUCCACCAUCUCAUUCUAAACAACAACCAGCUCACUCACAUCCACAUUGGGGCCUUUAAUGACCUCCUGGCUCUUGAAGAGCUUGACCUCUCUUACAACAACCUAGAGAGUGCCCCUUGGGUGGCCAUCCAGCAUAUGACUAGCCUACACACCUUAAGCUUGGACCACAACAUGAUUGACUACAUACCGGAAGGGACGUUUUCAGGACUCUCUAAGCUCAAACGGCUUGAUGUCACCUCCAACAAGCUCCAGAAGCUUCCUCCUGAUCCAGUCUUCCAGCGGGCAGGGGUUUUGGCCACCUCUGGUGUUCUGGGUCCAUCUUCUUUUGCUCUGAGCUUUGGGGGGAACCCGCUACGCUGUAACUGUGAGUUGCUAUGGCUGAGGAGGUUGCGACGAGAGGAUGACCUGGAGACAUGCGCAGCCCCACAGCACCUCUCCGGACGCUACUUCUGGACUGUUUCUGAGGAGGAAUUCCUCUGUGAGCCUCCCCUCAUCACUCGCCACUCACAGGAGACACAAGCACUAGAGGGCCAGCACGUUACGCUGCGCUGCAAAGCACGGGGUGACCCAGAUCCCAUUAUUCACUGGAUUGCCCCUGAUGGCAGGCUUGUGUCUAACUCGUCCCGAACAGUGGUCCACAGUGAUGGUACGCUAGACAUCCUCAUCAGCACAGUGAAGGACUCUGGCUCUUUCAACUGUGUUGCCUCCAACCCAUCUGGAGAGGCUCAGCAAACUGUGGUGUUGCUUAUCACCAAACUGCCACAUUUUACCAACGACACAAGUCUAAUACAGGAGCCUGACCCUGGCUCCUCAGACAUAGCUACAUCAACCAGGAUGGGUGGAGAUGGUGACACUCCUAUAACCAACACCAAAACUGGACAGGAGAAGCGGGUAUUGAUCUCUGAAAUCACAUCCUCUUCAGCCCUAGUGAAAUUCAACUUGCAACGGAAUAUUCCAGGAAUUCGGAUGUUCCAAAUCCAGUACAAUGGCACUUAUGAUGACUCUCUAGUUUAUAGAAUGAUUCCCCCAGCAAGCAAAAACAUCCUGGUCAACAACUUGGCCGCCGGGACAUUAUAUGACCUCUGUGUGCUAGCCAUUUAUGAUGAUGCCAUGACUACCCUCACGGCUACGCGUGUGGUGGGGUGUGUUCAUUUUGCCACAGAACCGCAGUACCUCCGCUGUCACUUCAUGCAGUCCCAGUUCCUUGGAGGCACCAUUGUUGUCAUCAUUGGGGGAAUCAUCGUGGCCUCAGUUCUGUCUUUCAUCAUCUUCCUCAUUGUGCGCUACCGAUUGUGCAACCAGGAGGGGGUGGAUAAGGGCAUAGAACUGGGGGACAUUCACUCCCAGUCCAGGAGUGAGCAACUGCAGGGCUGUGGCAUCAUCAAGUCCAUGUCCAAGCAGGUCCUGGGCACAGAGAGGGAUUCGUGUCGGAAGGUGUCCCCCCAGCUGGAGGCUGUGCCCUCCCCAGCACCUGGGCUUGUGCCUGUGCCUCGGCCAGCCAAGCCCGCCCUGCCUGACUGCACCGUAACUACCUCAGCUACCAGUCACAGCUGGCAUCCUGCCUCGCCUGGAUCACGUCGCCCACCCCACGCUGCCUCACUCAAGCCCGCCAGCACGCUCAAGCCUGACAUGCAGGCCAGCAUGGAACUCGACAAUGCCAACAAGAACAACUCGACCAAGGCACAUACCACAUCCACCCAAGUUCGCGCCUACUCCACCCUGGUGACCCCAGUUUCCAGGCAAGCUCAACUUGAAUCCUUGCACAACUACAUGACAGUUCCAGUGGGGUGCAUGAGAGUGAGCCGUAGGCAUUCUCUGAAUGUAGACUCCUGCAAGCAGACCAUCUACGCAAGUUACCAGCAGCAGACUGGCAGCCUGCGCUCCAAACGCAGUUUAUCCAUGAGUGGUGGGGAUCUGCCCCAGCUGGACACUUCAGGCAGACUCCAUGGGAAAGACUCACUGUCUCGGUCCGAGUGGGUUCUAGAAAGCACAUUAUAAGGACUCUUUUUUUAAAACUUAUUGCAUUGUUUUUGGUGAACUUACAGAUCAUAUUUUGAUCUUAUGUCUUAUGUCAGACUGCAAACUCAGACCUUUUAAAUUUUUCAGUUUCUUGGACAUGACACAUUGUGUGGGCAAUGUUUUAUAAAGCACAAAUGAAUUACCAUUUUCUGCGUAUACUAAAAUAAUCCCAUUGACAUGUAUAUUACUUUGUUAUAUGGAAUAUUAAAUAGAGUACAUCGUGUAGAAACAUGUUACAUUGUGUAAAAUAAAAUGUGAAAAGCCCUUUUGUUUUCAUCUGAUAUUUAAAUGAUUAUGCAUACCAGUGCAAUUAAGUUUAGAUAGGAUUUUGUAAUGAAAUCAAGAUUCCAUGUAUAUUAUAUAUUUACUAUAAACACUUAUUUGCUAAGACUUUAUAGACUAAUAAUUUAAUCACUACUGUUUGGUGAUCAGGCAUGCUUACACCUUGUUCAGGAAAUGUUACAAAAUAACAUCACAAGACUAUUACAAUGGCUAUUUACAUAAAUCAUUAUUGCAAUUAUAUUUUUGAGCAAGAAAUUAGUUUUUGAGAAAUAUUUGUGUUAUACUUCUAUGCAUUUUCACUUUCAAAUGUCAUUCAGCAAAGCUUACUCAGUAUGAGCAGUCCAUAUUUACACUGCUGCCAUUCUGUUCAGGGGUAUGAGAUAUUUAACUGUGUCUAUCAUAUGACAUUUUUUGCUAGGACCUGAGGUUACAGACUACAUGACACUUGAAGGUGUAUCAGAGUGUAUUAACAAAGAAGCAAGCAAAAGCUGCUCUCAGAGUCCAUGACUUUAAUUCAGAUUUUAUCUCCAGUAUAGAGAGAUAUGCUCUGUCUUGCUUGGUGGAGGUAAUGUGUUUCAUCAAGUAGAAUGUCAGCAGUGAAGGUUGUGCUGUAAUUAUUUUUAGAAGUGUUAAUCCUUUUCUCCCUUGGAGGCACCAAGUAGGAGAGGGGAUCUCUCACAAGUCUUGGCUCUCUGGGUUCCUCUGUUUGUUCAAAGCAGUGGCAAGAAGGCAAUGAAAGGGGCCAUUUUAGUCCCAGGAGACUCCACUCCCCUCCCUGUAGCCCUCUUACUUACACAAGCAGCUGCCCUAAAAUUUCACAGCAGAAAGGAAGCCUGCAUCCACAAUUGCAAACAUUACAAGAAAGCGCAGUCAGUGGAUUCUCCCUAAGACAUGGUUUUAAAAUAUCAAUGACUUGGCUAGCAUUAAAAACAAGGCAAAGCAAAUUUAUUUAUAUAGCACUUUUCAUACACAUGGCAAUUAAAAGUGAUUAAAGAAGAUUUGUGUUUAGCUACACCAGAAGUUGCAGGUUACAUUUUAAGAGGCCAAGUAUGGUUAGACAAAUGCAACCAUCUAAUGUGCUGUUGAACAAAUUAUUAUAUUAAAAUUAUGUGUUAAAAACUUUCAUGGAAAGUGAUUAGAGAUUAGUUCAUUCAUGAACAUCAGGAGGACAGGGUUAUUGCUCCUCAUGCUCAUUAUCAAUAUUAACAUGCUGCACACCUAUGUGACAGUCCCAAGUGGGCCCCCCGAAGGUCACAUAAAUAAAUGAUGAGUAUCUGUGGCAAGAGCAUCUCUUGAAAUCUGACGAGGAACUUCUUAGCUCUUAGACUACAUUUCUGUCUACUGUAGAAUACAUUUAUUUCCACAGAUCUGGCAAUGUUUGCAAAGGGUCAGUAAUUACCCUGCCACAUGGCAUAGUGUUAUUUCAGCACUGAUCUACCAAGGCUAUGAUAAUGGGAGUUUAAUUUUAACUCUACUCAUACAGGAGACGAGUCAACCACUUCAGGUAUUCAUGACUUCAAGCUUUUCAAUCAUCAUUUUUUGUUUUUACCAAAAUAGAAAAAAAAUAUCUUGUUACAAUUGUAGGCUAUAUUCACCUGUUAAAAACAAGCCAGGUUUUAUGAAUCAUCAGUUAAUAACAUUCCACAUGGUUUCAACUGUCUGUAAUUUAAUACUGCAAAAUAAAUCUUUGAGUAGAGUUUCUGCAGUCAGCUCCCUCACAUUUAUCCCUGUAUUAGCAUCAUAUAUCUAUAUGAAUCAUGCAUAUGACCCUUUUACCAAAAAUGCAUUUUUUUCUGUGAAUGGCAUAGGAUAUGUUCAAACUAAAUGUGUACAUUAUUUUAUGGUUUGUCUGAAGUUUGUCACUUCUCUUUUGUCACAUCAAUAGCACAGACUUGGUCGUUGUAACAUUAUUCAUUACCCAAUUAAAUAUCUACAAUGAAGAAAGAGAAAAUGACUGAUGCUAUACAAAAUAACUGGACU